AUGGAUGAUGACAUCGCAGCAGCUGAGAAGCUUCAAGAACUUGAAGAGGGUCAUGCCUACCUCGAGCAGGAGCUCUUGGAGUUCAGGGACUACUCCUACUACUCUGCUGAACUGGAGAACCAAAGGGCUCACUCAACACGGAGCUCAAGAUUCUCUUCCAAAAGGAGAAUUGGUGGUGGUGGUGGUGGCGGCGGCGGCGGCAGGGGAGGUGCAAGUUGGCAGCCGUCAAAUCUCAGCUUCAGUGAUAUGCAGUAUCGCAACAUAUUGCAGUCAAUAGGGCAGGCUGUGCAUAUAUUUGAUCUCAAUGGUCAUAUAAUUUACUGGAACAAAACUGCUGCAAAUAUUUAUGGUUAUUCUGUGGCAGAGGCCCUUGGAAAGAAUCCUGUUGAGCUCUUAGCAGAUCCCCAGGUCUCUGUUGUAGGAUACAGUCUAAUUCAACGUCUCACCAAGGGGGAGAGCUGGACCGGGCAGUUUCCUGUCAAGUGCAAAAUGGGGGAAUAUUUUUCAGCCAUGGCCAGCAAUACUCCAUUUUAUGAUGAUGAUGUCACUUUUAUUGGGGUUAUAUGUGUUUCGUGUGAUUUGCGGCCUUUUGAAGAAAAGAGUGUUCCGCUAUUAGGUGUGGAGUUCCAAGAACCAGAUUCAAGCUUCGACUAUUUUCAUACCACUAGUGCUGCAACUGAAGUUGGUGUUGAUCCACAGCAGCCUCUGCAAAAUGCACUUGCAUCCAGAAUAACAAAUUUGGCAUCCAAGGUCAGCAACAAAAUCAAGUCAAGAAUUAAGGCAGGAAAAGAAAACUUGGAUAAUAAAACUGGGAGUGGAGAUAGUCGCCAGUGUGAUCAUGGUUCAGUUUCUCUUCUCUCCGACCCUACGGAUGAUGGUUGUUCAAGUGGACCAAGCCAACCUAGAAGAGAUAUACCCCCAUCUCCUUCCAGUGUGUUUGCCAAUAUUAAAAACAAGUUUCCAACUAAUACACCCUCCAGAGAAUAUGAUGAUCAGAUUGAAGGGACAUGCACGAUGCAUAAGACAAUAACCUCAAAGGCUGAAGCAUUGAUUGGUAAGAAGGGACUAUCAUGGCCAUGGAAAGAAAAAGAGCAAGAAGGGUCAGUGACUGGGGACACUCAUUUUGUUUGGCCCUGGUUGCAUAAUAAUAAAGGAAAUGAUUCAAUACCUCAGAAGGGAAAUUGCACAUUAAAACCUGAAAAUCAGGUGAGUGAAAGUAAUCAAUCUGCAACUAAUGAAGAUUCAGGGAUCAGGACCUCUUUGUUUAAUGCAAACUGCACAAGCAGUGGUAGCAGCUCUCGAAGUAAGGAGGACGUGGAUAUUGAUUGCUUGUAUUACGAAGUCUCAUGGGAAGACUACUUGACAAUUGGACAGCGGAUUGGGCAAGGUUCAUGUGGAACUGUGUACCAUGGUCUGUGGGAUGGAUCAGAUGUUGCUGUUAAGGUAUUCUUCAAGCAAGAAUAUCCAGAUGAUGUACUUCUUUCUUUUAGACAAGAGGUAUCUCUUAUGAAAAGGCUUCAACAUCCAAACAUUCUGCUUUUCAUGGGAGCUGUGACUUCACCUCAGCAUCUUUGCAUUGUCACAGAGUUCCUCCCACGUGGAAGUUUAUUUCAAUUACUACAGAAGAACAAGUCAAAGCUAGACUGGAGACGACGUGUUCAAAUGGCUUUGGACAUAGCACGAGGCAUGAAUUAUCUUCAUCAUUUCAGACCCCCUAUUAUUCAUCGAGAUUUGAAGUCUUCAAAUCUCUUAGUUGAUAAGAACUGGACUGUCAAGGUUGGUGAUUUUGGUCUUUCACGUCUUAAGCAUGAGACGUAUCUCUUUACCAAGACUGGGAAGGGGACGCCUCAAUGGAUGGCACCAGAAGUUCUGUGUAAUGAAUUCUCAGAUGAAAAGUCUGAUGUAUACAGCUACGGGGUGAUAUUGUGGGAGCUCGCUACUGAGAAGAUUCCUUGGGACGAUCUAAAUGCAAUGCAGGUGAUUGGAGCUGUAAGUUUCAGGAACCAAAGGCUAGAGAUCCCAAUAGAUGUGGAUCCACAAUGGGCUUCUAUGAUUGAGAGCUGUUGGCACAGUGAUCCAGCUUGCCGGCCAACAUUUCAUGAAUUGCUGGAAAAACUUAAAGCGUUGCAGAGACAGCGUGCUCUCCAAUUCAAAGCAGCACGUUCUGCCUCCAGUUAUAGCUCCCAAAACGAAACGUAG